AAAAAAAAAAAAAAAAAAAAAAAAAAAAAAAAAAUCCUGUGGCGCGCCGCCUGGUUCCCGGGAAGAUUCGCCAGCACCAGGGGGUGGGGGAGUGCGAGCUGAAAGCUGCUGGAGAGUGAGCAGCCCUAGCAGGGAUGGACAUGAUGCUGUUGGUGCAGGGUGCUUGUUGCUCGAACCAGUGGCUGGCGGCGGUGCUCCUCAGCCUGUGCUGCCUGCUACCCUCCUGCCUCCCAGCUGGACAGAGUGUGGACUUCCCCUGGGCGGCUGUGGACAACAUGAUGGUCAGAAAAGGGGACACGGCGGUGCUUAGGUGUUAUUUGGAAGAUGGAGCUUCAAAGGGUGCCUGGCUGAACCGGUCAAGUAUUAUUUUUGCGGGAGGUGAUAAGUGGUCCGUGGAUCCUCGAGUUUCAAUUUCAACAUUGAAUAAAAGGGACUACAGCCUCCAGAUACAGAAUGUAGAUGUGACAGAUGAUGGCCCAUACACGUGUUCUGUUCAGACUCAACAUACACCGAGAACAAUGCAGGUGCAUCUAACUGUGCAAGUUCCUCCGAAGAUAUAUGACAUCUCAAGUGAUAUGACCAUCAAUGAAGGAACCAAUGUCACCCUCACUUGUUUGGCCACUGGGAAACCAGAGCCUUCCAUCUCUUGGCGGCACAUCUCCCCAUCAGCAAAACCAUUUGAAAAUGGACAAUAUUUGGACAUUUAUGGAAUUACAAGGGACCAGGCUGGAGAAUAUGAAUGCAGUGCGGAAAACGAUGUGUCAUUCCCAGACGUGAGAAAAGUAAAAAUUGUCGUAAACUUUGCUCCUACGAUUCAGGAAAUUAAAUCUGGCACUGUGGCCCCCGGACGCAGUGGAUUGAUAAGAUGCGAAGGUGCAGGUGUGCCGCCUCCGGCCUUUGAAUGGUACAAAGGAGAGAGGAAGCUCUUCAAUGGCCAACAAGGAAUUAUAAUUCAAAAUUUUAGCACAAGAUCCAUUCUCACGGUUACCAACGUGACCCAGGAGCACUUCGGCAACUAUACUUGUGUGGCUGCCAACAAGCUCGGCACAACCAAUGCUAGCCUGCCUCUCACCCCUCCAAGUACAGCCCAGUAUGGAAUUACCGGGAGCGCUGACGUUCUUUUCUCCUGCUGGCGCCUUGUGUUGACACUGUCCCCUGUCACCAGCAUAUUCUACCUGAAGAAUGCCAUUCUACAAUAAAUUUAAAGACCCAUGAAAGGCUUUUAAGGAUUCUCUGAAAGUGCUGAUGGCUGGAUCCAAUCUGGUACAGUUUGUUAAAAGCAGCGUGGGAUAUAAUCAGCAGUGCUUACAUGGGGAUGAUCGCCUUCUGUAGAAUUGCUCAUUAUGUAAAUACUUUAAUUCUACUCUUUUUUUGAUUAGCUACAUUACCUUGUGAAGCAGUACACAUUGUCCUUUUUUUAAGACGUGAAAGCUCUGAAAUUACUUUUAGAGGAUAUUAAUUGUGAUUUCAUGUUUGUAAUCUACAACUUCUCAAAAGCAUUCAGUCAUGGUCUGCUGGGUUGCAGGCUGUAGUUUACAAAAACGAAUAUUGCAGUGAAUAUGUGAUUCUUUAAGGCUGCAAUACAAGCGUUCAUUUCCCUGUUUCAAUGAGAGUCAAUCCACAUUUACAAAGAUGCAUUUUUUUUCUUUUUCGAUAAAAAGCAAAUAAUAUUGCCUUCAGAUCAUUUCUUCAAAAUAUAACACAUGUCUAGAUUUUUCUGCUCGCAUGAUAUUCGGGUUUCAGGAAUGAGCCUUGUAAUAUAACUGGUUGUGCAGCUCUGCUUCUCUUUCCUGUAAGUUCAGCAUGGGUGUGCCUUCAUAAAAUAAUAUCUUUCUCUUCAUCUCCAACUAAUAAAAAUGUUUUGCAGAAUUCUACAAUUUGAAAGCAAAAUAAACCACAGUGAUAAAGUUAAACCAUAUUUGAUCUCUCACGAAUGACAGCGGUGACUGUAAAAAUCUCUUCCCUCUUUACCAGUGGGAUUUGAGAAUUUUGCCCCCAGUAACUCAGUUUUGUGAUGAAACACAAUUUAACUAAUAGAGUACAGAUAUUUACCAUAUGAUUUCUUGUUGUAGCUAAAUAUUAGAUUCACGUUGGGAAAUAAUUCCCUUUAAAAUAACAGCACAGUCCAUCCAAGGGAUUGCCUAGCAGGACAGCAUCUUUUCCUUUCACUAUUCCAAGUCAAAAUUUUUAAGAUGGUUUGCCAGAAAGGACACAAAAUCUGAUUACCUAAUAUUACAUGAGUAGGUAAGCACUCAAAAUUAAUGUGGGUCUGUGGCAGGUAAGUUGAUAUGAUAGAUAUAGUCUCCUGUGGAUAAGAGCAUUUUGCAUAUUUUCCAUCUGAAAACAUCACUCAGUUGAUAGUUUGGAAUGCAUGUUAUAUAAAAAAAUGUUCCAAAAUAUGUUAGAACAAGUGUUCCAUGCUGGUAUGCACAGAUCAAUCCCUGAAAUAACUAAUUCUGCAAUAAAAUCUUUCUCUAUAGCCAUUUCAGCUCAAACAAGUAAGGCAAAAAAAAAAAUUACCAUGCUAUAUUUCUUCUUACAUGAUAUAUGUAAGAUGUGAUCAGAUGGAGAGAAGACACCAGUGAUGAGAGUAUCUUAAGAUAUAUUAAUUAUUAAGUUAUCAUGAAUAUUAAAUUAUUUCUAUUAAAAGAAUGAAAACUACAUUUUUGAAGGAAAAUGCUGUUACUCUAAGAAGUAUUAGACUACAGGAAUAGUUUGAUGGUUUUACUCUUACCUAAAGAAAGAACAUAGCCUUGAAAGCCAUUUUACAAGUUUGACAAAGUUACCAAUGUCAUUACACAUAGAGAGAUUUUUGCAAAUAUUCACUUUUGAAAGUCACAAUAACAAAAAGCCUACUAAUAAAGUUAGAUACAAGAAAUUUCACAAAGGUUGUUUGUAUUUAAGAUGUCUGAUAUUUUUUCCCAAGAGAGAUGGCUUGAAAAUCAUGAUUUUUUUCAAGCAAAAUUCAGUCCCAAAGUAUACCAUAAAUCUAUUUUAAUUAGAAAAAUGAAUCUUAAACGAGGAGGCAUAAAUAUACAAUUUUUCCACAAAAUGUCAAAAAUAUGGCAUAAUGCUAUUAAAUUUACUCUCUGUAAUAAUUUAUUACAUUAUUUUGACUGAUAUAUUAAAAUGGGUUUUUUAAACACAUGGCAUUUUCACUUUGAUUAUUAUUGAUUUGCUUCUUAAAAAUAUUCUUUGUGGAAUUGGUCAGUAAACUACAAAAUACUUUUUUUUGUAUUGCAGCUUUAAAGUGGCACACUCCAUAAUAAUCUACUUACUAGAAAUAGUGGUGCUACCACAAAAGUGUUAACCAUCAGUACCAUUGUUUGGGAGAAAGAAACAGAUCAAGAAUGCAUAUUAUACAGUGACCGCUUUCCUAGAGUUAAAAAUACCUCCUCUUUGUAAGGUUUGUAGGGUAAAUGUGAGGUAAAUCGAGGUAUAAACUAUGGAUGAACCAAAUAAUUAGUUCAAAGUGUUGUCAUGAUUCCGAAUUUGUAGAGUCUGGUGUUUUUCCCAUAGAAUGUGACAGAAGUACAGUCAUAGCGCGGUAGCUAUAUGUAUUUGCCUUUAUGUUAGAAGAGACUUUCUUGAGUGACAUUUUUAAAUAGAGGAGGUAUUCACUAUGUUUUUCUGUAUCACAGCAGCAUUCUUAGUCCUUAGGGCCCUGGACAGAGUGAAAUCAUGAGUAUUUAUGAGUUCAAUAUUGUUCAAAUAAGGCUACAGUAUUUGCUUUUUUGUGUGAAUGUAUUGCAUAUAAUGUUCAAGUAGAUGAUUUUACAUUUAUGGGCAUAUGAAAUGUCUGAUUACUCCAUUUUAUCAGUCCUGACUGUACAAGAUUGUUGCAAUUUCAGAAUAGCAGUUUUAUAAAAUUGAUUUAUCUUUUGAUCUAUAACAAUUUUUUCUAGCUAUUUAUUUCAGCACUGUAUUUCCGUAAGUUCCAUUUGUGGGACUCCUUUUGUUGCCCCUGAAUUUUUGUUCAAAGAAAGAAAAAAGAAAAAUAAAGAGCCGUUGAGAAACAAGAGUGGAAAGAAAAGAAAGACAGAAAAAGGAAGGAGGUAAAGAGAGAGGAAAAAAAGGAGGAAGGAAGGAAAGAAGGAAGGAGGGUGGGAGGGAGAGAGGAUGCGAGGGAAGGAAGGAGGGAAGGAAGGAAGAAAGGAAGAAAGGAUGAGGAGAGAAGAUCCGGAAUAUUAGGGUAGUUGACCUAAUUUAUUAGCAUUCUUGGUUUAACUGCAAGUGGUGUAAUUAUGUUUUACAGUGACCCCAUUCAAAACAUAACUCCUGUUACACCACUAAGUUUCUGUUAUUAUACAGAAUAUGCAGCAAUUAUACAACAAAAAGUAUUUCCCAUAUUAUAGUAUUGUGUUUUGGGGGGACACUAAAAGAUUUGAGAGAGAAUGUCAAACUUAAGACCACUUUUGGGGGGUUUAAAACUUAACUGAAAAAUUAAUGCUUCAUCAUAACAUUUAAGCUAUAUCUAGAAAGUAGACUGGAGAACUGAGACAAUUACCCAGAUAAUUCAAGGCAAAAUAAAUAUAUAUAUAAAUACCCUUAUGUGUGAAUUCAGAAAAUUCUGAGAAACUUAUCAAAGCCAAUCGUCUAUAUUGAUCAAAUUUACUGAAUUUUGUUAAUUUAUCCAUUGUGCUUAGCUUUGUGACACAGCCAAAAGUUACCUAUUUAAUCUUUUCAAUAAAAAUUGUUUUUUGAAAUUCAGAAAUGAUUUAAAAAGAGGUCAGGUUUUUAACUAUUUAUUGAAGUAUGUGGAUGUACAGUAUUUCAAUAGAUAUGAAUAUGAAUAAAUGGUAUGCCUUAAGAUCCUUUGAAUAUGUAUUUACUUUAAAGACUGGAAAAAGCUCUUCCUGUCUUUUAGUAAAACAUCCAUAUUUCAUAAUCUGAUGUAAAAUAUGUUGUACUGUUUCCAAUAGGUGAAUAUAAAGUCAGUUUAUCAAUUAAAAUAUGUAUUUGACUCAUUUUAAAACUCUAGUAGUUUAAGAUAAAAAAGGAAGAAAUGAUAAUUUAAACAUAUUUCUGCUAUUCCCUUCUUUAUUUUCUGCUGCAUCCACUGUACCACAUUCACAUCUUUCAGGUACUCUGAAGCAAUACAGGGUGAAAAUUUUAGAUGCUACAGUUUCAAAGAGUUCCACGUUGUAGCCUUUCUCUCUGUUGCUGAUUCCCAAAAGGUUUGACAAGCUGAACCACAUCUAGCCUAAAGAAGAAGUUUUCAGGAGAGAUUCUUUAAUCAAUUAUUGAGAACUUUUACCUGCUGAAAUGCAGCAGAGUUAGUUAGCAACAAAGACUGAUGAUAAAAUCCUGAUGGUUUCAUAGGUUAAGCAUCUAGAAACCCAAAUGCCUAUCCGAGUUGGGCAAAUACUAUAACUUCAUAAGUUAGCUGGGUAUAAAACAGGGAGUAUAUACCCUAACCCACAGCAUUCCAAUACAAUUUCCUUAAAAACACCUUGCUUUCCAAACAAAACGUGAUUUGGCUGAGAGCCCUUAGUUUGUGACUGCUAUAAUAUGCAAAUGAGAGCCACCCCAUAUGAAUGUUUUAUGCCCUCUUCUCCAAAUCUGUCCAUCUAUGCUGGCCAACCAAAUAAAAGGGAACAAUGUGGUAAGUAAACAAAACAACAAACCAUGGAAACGAUCCACACCUGGUAUAACAAGCUAUUUUGAAAUAUGGGUGUCAUUGCUAUUCUGGGAAAACCAUAUCUACCAAACGCCUCUCCCCACAACAAAAUGCAAACACACUAAUAAGAUCUGAUUUUCCC